AUGGUUUGGAUGGGCAUAUUCGCCCAGGGUGCGACCAAACCUCGGUUUGUGAAACCUGGGGCCAAAAUAAAUUCUGAGUAUUUCAUACAGAAGAUAUUAAAGCCCUUUCUUAAGGAUGAUUACUGCAGAUUGUACCCUAAUGGUGAUGCUGUAUUCCAUCAGGACUCUGCCCCAUCGCAUGCAUCUAAGGUCACCCAGAAAUUCCUAACAAAUCAGCAAGUGCAAUUCCUGAUACCAGAGCAAUGGAUUCCAAACAGUCCUGAUGCUGCACCAUGCGACUAUUUCCUAUGGGGACAUCUGAAAAACAAACUGAAUAAGCGAAGAAUUUCUACAUUGAGAGGCCUUCGAAGAGCUAUUAGAGAAGAGGUGAAGAAAAUCACCCAGAAAAUUUUGCGGGAUUUAAAAUCAUGGCCGAAGCGUUGUAGACAAAUCCAUUGUGCCGGAGGUUGA